CAUUUUUUUUUUAAAUUUUUAUGACAUGUGCUUUUUGGGGGGGGUUAAGGGGUAACCCUAAUUGGACGUGGGCCCCACCCCACCCCCCAAAACAACACAAAAACAUGUUUAGUUUGGAUUUCACUCUCAUUAUGCAAAACUGAUUUUUUUUCCAGCAGCUUGAAGAGGAGGAACAGCUUGAAGAAGAUUGAUUGAAGAGGUGAGAAAAGUGACUACAAGUGUGAUAGGAGCUAGAAGAAGCAAGAAGAAGAGGAAGAAGAAGAUUCUUCUACAUUUUGGAGAGAUUUUUCAAGCACAAGUGUCAAUUUGAAAAUUUCACAAUGAGCUCCCAAGGCACGAGUCAAGAUAACAUGGAAAUCCAUUCUCAUAGUGAGAAUGAUUCAGAAUAUGAACCUGAAAAUGAGGGGGGUGACCAUGGGGCUGAUCCUGGAGCCCAAUCUAGUUCUAUGGCAAGUGCAGCAGCUAGUACAGGUUGCCCUUCAGAGUUGUUGGCACCAUAUGCUAGGGGUCAUUUUGAUCCUAAGUCUCCUCUAAAACAGUUUGCUUCACAAAUAUCAGUACAAGGCACUGCAUCACAUUCAAGUGGGGGAACAAGGAAGUGGAAGUGCAAUAUUUGUGACAGAGAAUGGUUCGGUAGCAUUAGCAGGGUGAAUGCACACUUUCUAUUUUGGAGAGGAAAAGGCGUGAAACAUUGUAAGUUUUUGGAGGAACCCAAAAAUAUACAGUACAGAAUUGAGUUUAACAGGCUUUGGGGGGUUCCAGAUGACACAAAUAUUUCAAUGCCUACUACUUUGUCUGCUAGGGCAUCACUUCACGACAGCCGGAAUGUGCCAGUGCCACAUACUUAUCAUGCUUCGCAGGCGGGAGGAAUGAUGUUUGGAUCUCCAUCUACUUCCACUUCUACUGUUGCCAGGACUGGGAAACGUAAGUUGCAUACACCACAGAGCAACCCCAUUGCUGAUAUGUUUAAUGUGCAGCUGAGAGAUGAGAUAGAUGAAUCCAUUGGCAAUUUCUUCUUUGCCAAUGGCAUUCCAUUUCAUGUUUCACGGUCUCCUUAUUAUAGGAAGAUGAUAGAUAUGGUGGCCAAGGGAGGACCAUCUUAUGUGCCACCAGGGGAGACGAAAAUGAGGACCUCGAUCUUGGAUAAAAGCUAUUCCAAGAUCAAUAUUUUGAUGGAGAAGAUGAAGGCAUGUUGGGUGGCAUUGGGGUGCAGCAUAGUUAUGGAUGGGUGGACGAACAUUAGCCAUCGUCCACUCAUCAACAUCAUGGUCACAUGUGCAGAGGGCCCAUACUUCCUUAGAGCAGUUGAUUGUACAGGGCAUCGUAAAGAUGCUGAUUUCCAGUUUCAGGUCCUCAGGGAGGCUAUUGAGGAGGUUGGGCCACAAAAUGUGGUCCAAAUAGUGACAGAUGCAGCAUAUGUGUGUAGAGCAGCAGGGAGACUCGUUGAGGCAGCCUAUAGACACAUUUGGUGGACCCCAUGUUGUGUGCAUGCCAUGAACAAUGCACUCAAGGACAUGGGGAAGAUUGACUGGAUUAGAGGAGUGGUCACCGAUGCGAGAGAUGUGCAGAUGUUUAUCUGCAACCACCACAUUUCACAUGCACUAUUCAGGACCUUCGUGAAGAAGGAGUUCUUGAAACCAGUUGAGACUAGAUAUGCAUCCUAUUUCAUUCUCUUGGAGAGAAUGAUUGAGUUGCAAGAGGCAUUGCAACUCAUGGUUAUGACUAAUGAGUGGAAUAGGUGGGCUGAGGCCAAGACAGAGCAGGGGAGAAGGGUGAAGGAGAUAGUGAAGAGUGAUGUGUUUUGGACUGAUACGAAAUACAUUGUCUCCAUCAUUUCUCCAGUAUUCCAGGUGAUCAGAUAUGGGGAUGGGGAUGCACCUAACCUUGGAGAGGUGUAUGAGUGCAUUGACUCUAUGCUUGGCCAGAUGAGGGCUGCUGUGCGAGUGAAGGACCCCUCUCUAGCAUUCUACAAUGAGCAAAUCCGGCCUAUCAUUCAGAGUAGAUGGGACAAGUUGAACACUCCUUUGCAUAUGGCUGCCUUUGCCUUGAAUCCUAAGUGGUACAAGGCUAGACCGGGUAGAACGACACCGAUUGAGGAUGAUGAGGUGAAGGCAGGUUUCUUUAGGUGCAUAGAGAAGAUGUUUGAUUCCAGAGAUGCCGGUACAAUACGCACUGAGUGGGGAAGAUUUGCCACUCUUAGAGGUUAUUCAGAUGCAGCAAAGAUGGAUAUAGACAUUAUGGCACAGGAGGACCCACUUUUGUGGUGGAAAUGUCAUGGCCCGAAAUCUUUGACCACCACUCUAGCCAUCCGUCUGCUAUCCCAGGUUUCCAGUUCUUCAGCUGCUGAGAGGAACUGGUCUACAUAUAGCUUCAUCCACUCUCUUAAGAGGAACAGACUUACCUCUAAGAGAGCAGAGAAGCUUGUGGCUGUACAUAGUGCUUUGCGUCUCAUUGACCGCAAGACACUUAUGUACAAGGAGAGUCCAGCGGCACGAUGGGAUGUAGAGCCAGAGGAGCCUUCACAGAUUGAUGAGGAUGAUCCUACCACUUCAGAUGCAGGGCUAGUUGGUGUGAGCUUGAGGGACCUUGAUCCUCAGGAGUCCAGUAGUUCCAGUGAGGAGGAGUUUGCAGAUGAUUAGAGGCCUCCAUUAGCUACAGUUUGAGUUUUCACUUUUCAGUUUUGUCAUUUUGUAUUUGACUCGUCUCUUUUGUAAUGCUAUUGCUACACGUAUUUGUAUUUGGCUACUCAUUGUAAUGAUGAAUCAUGUAAUCAUCUUUAUUAUUAUAGACUUUGCAAUGGCAUCAGAUAUUCAUAUUUUUCGUUUUCCUUUUUCGAUAUUCAUAUGAUAGAAAUGAGAAAUCUCCAAUUUGACAAUUUCAUUUGUCAAAUUUUAUUUACUUUUAGUUUUAGCAAUUAGCAAUUAGUUACGUAUCACUAAUCUAAGUAAUCUUGGUAUUUCCUAUAGUUUCAUUUGAAAUCUAAUUCUUAUACUGUUAUACUGUUAUACAUCUUUUCAAAACUAGUUUUUCAAGUACUAUAUGUAUAUAUAUGAGCACCACCACCCCGCCACCCCCCC